AUGGCCAAAGGCGUGAGAGGCUGUAAAUUAUACCACCAAACCAAGAGGAAGUCGGACGUGGACCAUCACCGUUCGUUGUCUCUACCUACACCUCCAGCUCCGGGUCUAGAUGGUCUUUGCGGAGCUGCUGAAAUUUCGCUAAGGAAAGUGGUACCAACAAUGAGGAAAGUGGCCGUGUUAUGCGAUCUGGAGUAUAGGCAUAUUUGGAAUAGUGACGUGGUAGACAUUGUUGGAGAAGACAAUCGGUUCAUGAAGAAAAUACCCGUAGGAAAAUCUAGAUUGCGAUCAUUGAGACCACUUAUCUACAAUUAUGUUCCAAGCUUGGUUCGAAUCCAACAGAGUGGAGUAAUGACACGUGGAAGCAAAAGAAAAAGCUGGCAUUUUAGUGGUUAUAAACAACCAC